CAUCGAUGCGAGUUAAAAUGGGCACCCAUCCCUUCUCACACUCACCUAUAAACAUUUUGAAGGCAUCUAGAAGGGGUUGGGGUGUCUGCUGAAGGUCUCUCUCCCUUCACCACAUGUAAUCUAAUCCAAUGUAUGGCCACCUUUGUCCUCUCCGGCUGCUCUUCUAGAAAGGACACAAAGAAAGAGUGCCAUUCCUUGGCUCUUGUCUUUACUCUUGUAACCUGCAAGGCUUAGUCUAAUUCAUCUAGAAGCCAACCCAUCCUUGUCAAUCCAACUUUUCAAGAGACAAGAAACCAGCCACAUAGUUACCGACUUUUCUGUACUUAAAUGAGAACCCUAAGGAUUACAUACAUUAAAGCUUAAACACAGGCAAUUGACCCACAAAUUCUCUCCUUUAUAUAUAUAUAUAUAUAUAUAUCUGUUUCCUCCUCCACCAAAUUCUAAGAGUCAUAAAUGGAAGAAGAUACUCUCUCUCUGUCUGAACUUCCUUUAACCAAUAGUGAUUCCAGUUGGAAGGAAUACUCCGCCAGAAACAAUCAAAGCUCAUCAUCAUUUGAUGACGAUGAUGGUUUGUUCGAGUUCUUCAGUGGAGACAUUGCUGCUGCUGCUGCCUCUAGUUAUCCUGCUGACAAGAUCAUCUUCUGUGGUAAAGACAUAGCUAACAACAAAGAAGCGAAAGAGGACAGAGAAGCUCAAAGUGAACAAGGAUUCAACACUACCACAAAGGCUAUGAAAAGCUCGCUCUCGUUUAACAGAGUAGGAGCCACUACCGUCACUUCAUCAAGGCAUCAAGAAGUAAGGAAUCAAAGAAUUUUGCUGAAUUGUGGUUAUAUAACUAACAAACAAGCAGAGAAGUAUGGCUUAUCGAUGCUUACUACUCUGCAGAAGCCAAGAUGGUACUUUUUUGUAUUUGGAAUAGGAAGGCAUUCGAUGGAGAUGGAGCAGAGAGCUAUCAAGACAAGACAGAGCCGAAAAGGCUCAGUGACGAUGUUUCAUACUGUUGAGAAGGGUGAAGUGAUAAAAGGAAAGGGGAGGAGAUCAGGGGAGGGUUCAUGGGGUUUCCUAAGAAUGUUGGGUUGUACAGAUAAACGUGCGGUGAGAGUAGUGAAGGCCACCCUUGUUUGCAUGCCAGAGGUGCAAUCUAAUUACUAGCAGCGGUUUCACAAUGUAACUAUAGACUCAUAUA